AUGGCGUCCCAUGGCAAGGUCAUGGACCUCUUCGACGAGCGCUAUCUCGAGUUACAAGAUGUUGUUGGCAACGUCGAGCCGCUACCCACUCUAGUACCUUAUGAGCAGUACAAGGCUCACGCCAUCGCCUACCGAAUGGACACGAACCAUGAUAUUUUCUUCGCGCUUCUCCAGGACUUCACGGAGCGCAAGGCAUUGGAGACGGGCAAGGAGCUGUGGACGUGGUGUGUGCAGUGGGAAGUCAGUCAGACAGCGGCUCGCCAGUCCCUCACGGCAUCGCAAUCAGCAAAGAGGCCUCGCCUUGACUUGGACCCGCCGAACACCCCUACCGCGCAGAGACCGGCCAGCAACGCGCCUCCGAUGACUCUGCAUGCUCGUUGUAUAGAUCCCGAUCUCUUGCACGAGGAGGACAUGUUGCGCAUUCUGGUCGAUAUCGUGCAGGUCGACAGCACAGUGGUGCCCAACUUCAUCGAAUUCCUUUACAGGUGGAUCGACUUUUACGAAGGAGACGGAAAGGCUCUGAAGGCGGCUCUACAUGGCGAGAUUCCAAGCUUGUGGGACUUUGAAUAUCAUCCAUUUCUUGUCACUCAGGAAGCCAAAAAGGAAAUUAAUCAAGCAAGAGGUGUCGCCCAAGACAGCGGGAAGGACGGACAAGGCGGUGACACAACCACCCAGAUGCGACAAAAGCCCGACCUAGCGGCACUCGAACGCAAGACAGAAGAAAGCGAACGUCUGAAGUACCGCGAAGUACACUUCGGCAUCCAGCCCCCAAAGCUAGACGAGCCUCUGCCACCUCUCAUCAACGUCCCCCGAGACCAGUACAAGCGAGCCAAGUAUUACGAAGCUUGUUUCAAAUCGCGACAACGCGCGUUCUUCUUACUAGUAGAAGCAGGAGUCACCGCCCAGAACAUGCGAGACUACCACAGAGAUCAGACAAUGAGCCUGCAGGAGACGCCAAAGCUCGUGGACACAGGCGGCCUCAAGAACUACGAGAAGGACGCAAAACUUGCGCAGGCUUUCAAGUCGCUCAAGGAGCGACAUAGGGCAAAGCAAUUGGAAAUUUCCAUCAGCAACAAAUUGGCGGACGAGGCUCAGUUUGCUGCGCGCAGUGCUCCUCCCCGAAGUCCAUCGGGUGUCCCUCUUAUCCCUACCACGACUAUUCACGCUCAUCGCCCGGAUGUGACUGACGGUAUAUUGCGCAAGAUCCAGCAGACCAAAGAUGAGGAACUCCAAAGGAUCAACAUCGUUCCUACACCGCUUGUGGGCAAGAUGAAGAGUACGCUGUUCCGAGGUGCAAGAGACAAAGCGGGUUUGCAAGCGAUGUUCGCGCGUAGUAGUUUCCCAUCGAUCCCACGUUCUUCAGGCAACUUUGAUGGCGGUAGGUUGAACAACAACAAUCACGGCGAUGGGAGUACCGAUGAAGAUUCAGACGACGGCAUGAGUGCCCCAAGGGCCAGAAUGCGUCUGCUGCCUACACCCUUAUUGCCAUCGCCUACAUCGCUUCCUCGUCCGAACCUCCCAUCGCUCAAGACGCUUCCCUGUCCAUCCCUACCACCGCCUGCAACGCUUCCUCGCCCGAACCUACCACCGCUACCGCGCCCACCACCUGCGAUGACCUCCACUCAACCUCUGAACACGUUCAUUCCUGACACGACAUUGUUCCCCCACCUGCGACACCGAUCAAGCCAUGCCGCUCUACCUACUACAGAAGUUGCAUCUGCUGCGGAACAGACACUACCAAAUGUUGCGGCGCUCAUGCGGAAUAUCACUCCAAAUCCCGCAAACCAAAUGAUAGGGAUGCUUAAGCAGCAGGUGAGUCUGGCUGUGAGUCGAGUGAUGUCCCAGCAGAAUGCCCGAGCUGGAGGGCCUAGUGUGCAAAAUCCUCACUCUUAUCCUCAACCACAUGUUUCUGCGGCGUCUCAAGCUCCAAAUAUUACUGUGUCUGGACCGCAGUUACCUUCUCAACACCAACUGCCUAGGGGCUUCCAAGGCGGCUUCGGUCCUAAUGCUCGACCGCCGCUACCACCUGGAUUUGAACACCACCGUCAUUCUCCAUCUGGAUACGGGGCUCCUCCUUCGUUGCCUCCGCCGGCGGGUCUUCCCCCUGCCUGGUUCCAGUCUGCUAAUCACCAACCAAACCUGUCUCAGCAGGCUCACACAUCAUCUUGGCCAACACCACUAGGACGCUCUGAUCAUGCACCACCACCGGCUUUUGCACAGCGCCUCGCAGCUGCUCAAGAGACACAGGGUCAUGCCGCUAGCUAUGGUCAGCAACUUUCAGAUGCUGGACCACCCUUACCACGGGCACCAGACCUGCCAAGUCUUAGCAGACCAGUUGGUCAGGGUGGAUCUGUUCAGCAGCGCCAACUGCCCCCUCCAAAUUCUCUACUGGCUCCACCUCAGGCGACUAUGCAGCGCACUGCUCCAUCUCCACUUCAUCUUCGACCACCAUCCCCUCUCUCAUCAUUCGCACCAAGUCUGCUAGCCACCUCUCCCUUUACCACAUCCCACCGCGGUAUUCCCAUCCAAAUCUAUCUGCCUAAGAUCGUCGUACCCGCAAACACCAUCGGUCCCGGCGGACUGAAGCUAGGUGACAACGGAGUAGCCGAGACCGACGCCUUCCUCCUUGGAUACACACACCCUAAGAGCGGGAAGAUCACCCUCAAUCGCGCAGUCUUUCUACCCUUGGGCGUGUGGGCCAACGCGCAAGAUAGAGUGCGAAAGGGUCACUAUCAGGUACUGGAGAGCUAUGCAGCACCAAAUGGAAGACCUUCAGUACCGCAUCGCGCUGCCUAUGAGAAGGUGAAGCAAGCCUAUGAGAUAAUGAUCGUGGAAUCUCCAGCGGCGAGAGAGCGAGAAUUGACAAAGAGGUGGAGGGCUAGUAGGGGAAGGAUGACGGCGACUCAGAGGGGUGCCGUCUGGGAAGGUUGGGCUGUGGAGGUUGACAGAGAGAUCGCUUUGAGUAAGGAGGACAGAAAGGGUGCUUUUGUGCAGAACGCGCUGGUUGAUGGAGUUGACGAGAAUAGUGAUGAGGCUAGGAGGAGGAGGGAGAUUGAGGAGUUGCUUGAGACGGAUGAGGCGUGGGACUAUGAGGAGGACGAGAACGACGAAGACGAAGACGGAGUUGAGCAGGAUUACGGAGAUGAAAUGGAGGAAGAAGAUGAUGAUGAGGGGGAUAGCGAUGACGACGACGAUGAUGAUGAUGAAGAUGAAGAGGACGGUGGGGAUGAGGAUGUGUAUAUGGACGGCUAG